CAUAGGUUAAAUGCCCCAAUAGGCAUUAAGGCAGAGAUCUCUCUGUUUUGUUCUCUCUCCCUCACGCUCUUCCUCUUAGGUCUGUAAAUACACGAUCUUUUCUUCUCUGGCCGCCACCGCGAUCGCGAUUAUGGCGCUGCCCCUUCUCUCCCUCGCGAUCCUGUCCUCCUUCGUCUUCGCAGCUUCCGCAAGCAAUCACACAUGGAGCGGCGGCGGCGGCGGCGGCGGCAGCAUCGACCAAGCCCGGCUGCGAUUGUUCUUGGAGGAGACGGCCUGGUACAAUCAUCUGGUGCUGCGACCGCUGGCUCUCCACUUCGAUUCCAUGCCGCAUGCUCUCCGGACAUGGCUUCGCAACUACAUCGCGGGGCUCAUCGUCUACUUCCUCUCGGGCGGCCUCUGGUGCCUCUACAUUUACUGGUGGAAGCCCCGGAUCUAUUUCCCAAACGGAGGGAUUCCAAAGCCGGAGCCAAUAUGGCUCCAGAUCAAAGUGUCGAUGAAGGCGAUGCCACUCUACACGCUGCUCCCGACGGUGUCCGAGUACAUGGUGGAGAGAGGCUGGACCAAAUGCUUCCCUCGAAUUAGCGACGUGGGCUUCCCCACCUACAUUGUCCUGUCGCUCACGUACUUGGUGGUGGUGGAGUUUGGCAUCUACUGGAUGCACCGUGGUCUUCACGACAUCAAGCCUCUCUACAAGCUACUCCACGCGACGCAUCACAUUUACAACAAGCAGGACACACUGUCGCCAUUCGCGGGGCUGGCGUUCCACCCGAUCGACGGGAUUUUGCAAGCGCUACCGCACGUCCUGGCGCUGUUCGUGGUGCCGAUGCAUUUCUUCACUCACGAGUUUUUCUUGUUCCUCGAAGGCAUCUGGACGACCAACAUCCACGAUUGCAUCGAUGGGGAAGUGUGGCCGAUAAUGGGAGCCGCAUACCACACCAUCCAUCACACGACUUACAAGCACAACUACGGCCACUAUACGGUGUGGAUGGACUGGAUGUGCGGGACACUGAACGAACCAGCUCGGCCAAAGGAGGCGUAGAAAGCUCGAAGCUUCGUUUGUGAGAUAUCUCCUUUACUUUUUUCACUUUCUAAGCCUUUUGUUCGUUAUUUCUUUGUUCUCUUCUUUUCCUGCAGCUGGGCAAUUCGCUCAUAAAUUAUCAAGCUCGUCCCCUGUUGAGAUACGUUUUGUUCAUUAGUUUGGAGGCUGCAUAUUUUUCUAAGCCAGCAUACGACGGCUUUCAAAGAAACUAAAAUAAAAGGAAAGGGACA